AUCAAGAUGGCGGCCUGCUUUGUGCAUCAGUGUGGUUAUGUUUCCGUGAAUAUUUAGCAGCUGUUUUCUCGCCGAAGAUGAUAAAUGAAGGAGAUUAUGUAAUUUUAAAGAAGGAAAAUGUCAUAAAAGCUGUGAGAAUUCGCAAAGGAAGGAGGGAGGCAUUUGAAAAGUUGCACUUUACCUUGGAUAAUGCAAUUGGUUGUCCCUUGGGAUCCUUAUUUGAAGUAAAAGGGGGCAAGCUAAACAGAUUAGAUUUAACAGAGGAUGUUAAUGAACUUCUUUCAGCAAAGGACAAUGUUGUGGAUGAUAAAAAUAAUCAGUUCCUUCAAAAUGAUGGCACUUCACAGAAGUUGUCUAGAGAUGAAAUAAUGAAUCUCAAAGCACAAGGAGUUAGUGGCAAGGAUAUUGUUGAACAUCUUGUAGAGAACAGUACAACAUUCAAAGAGAGAACGCAAUUUUCACAAGCAAAGUACAAGAACAAGAAAAUGAAAAAGCAUUUUGUGAGAUUUUCAAUACUUAGGCCUACCACUGAUCUCAUAGCACAAAUGUACUACUGCAGAGGAGCUUCAAAAAUAUGUGACCUCAGGCUUGACUCGCUCUCUCAGAUUCUGACGCUGUCAAAUGUAAGAGCUCACUGUCGUAUUAUGGUAGCAGAAAGUUGUCAAGGGAUGAUGGCUGGAGCUCUUCUUGAGAGAAUGGGGGGUCAUGGAAGUCUUAUUCAGAUUUAUUCUGGUGAUUUUCCAGCAAGACAGGCACUAGAUUAUUUCAAUUUUCCCAAACAUUUCAUGGAAUGUUUGAGUGGCUUUGCAAUGGAUAAAGUAACAACACUGGGAAAAAGCACAGGGACUGAAAAUAGACCUGCAUCAACUACUGAGGCAAGUCAUUCAACAGCUGAGGAUCGAGAAAUUGCAAAUGAGCUCCCGAAAAGUGGCGACAGCUCAGGAGACGAUCAGGAGGAACUUCAGGGUGGAAACGCCAUGAGUGAGGAAGAAAAAUUCGCCCGGAGAUCGCGUAGAAAAAAUGAGGAAACAAGGGCCCGAGAAGAAUUAGAACGUGGAAAUUUAGACAGUUUGGUUGUCGUGAGCCGUUUUCAGCCCAGCCCCCUUGUAAUGUCUCUCCUUCCUCGCCUCGCCCCAUCCAGGCCGUUUGUGGUUUACUGUCAGUUCAAAGAACCUUUGAUGGAGUGUUAUGUGAAUUUGAGGGAAAAAGGAACAGCUAUUAAUAUUCAGCUGUCUGAAACAUGGUGGCGACAUUACCAGGUUCUCCCAGCUCGCACACACCCGGAAAUCAACAUGAACGGUACAGGAGGUUACCUUCUGUCCGGGAUAACAGUGGAACCAGACACACCCACCACAGGCACACCACACCAAGCCAAGAAACCUAAACUUGACGAAUGCAGUUAACUAGAAAAAAAAUUGAAUUGACUGUAAAUUAUGUCGAUUUUUGCCAACUUUAAUUAUUUAAGAGGCUAUGGUUUGUUAUUCGUCUUGCCGCACGCAUGGAACAAAGAUAAAAAAAAUGCCCGCAAACCCGUUAUCGUGGUAAUCUGUACUUUCCUUGUCAGCUUGUCAUCCUGUUGAGAAUGAUGGAGAUUUAUUCGUCAGAGGGAAACUGACACUAUGCUAAUUACGUUAAUAAAUAUCUGGUUUUAGUUUCAUCAA